GGGCAGGUCCCUGGCAACCUAGAGCUCAGACGCGCUGAGGUCGCCGAGCCAAGCGUCUCGGAGGUCGGGGCGCUGCUGCCAUGGACAUCCCUCCGCUAGCUGGCAAGACUGCGGCGUUGUCUCUCGGCGCCCUGCCAGUGUCCUACGCGCUCAACCAAGUCUCAGCGUUCUCACAGACCCUGUGUGUGAUGUUGGUGAGUGCAUUGAUCUUGGGUCUGCUCUUCAUGACCAUCUACAGCCUAUCUCAUGGGGAAAUCACCUAUGACCCUCUCUAUGCUGUCUUUGUGAUCUUCUCUUUCACCUCUGUGGUGGACCUUGUCAUUGCACUCCAGGAAGAUGGCAUCCUGAUGGGAUUCAUGGAUUUCUACACCAAGGAGGGCGAGCCCUACCUGCGCACAGCACAUGGCAUCUUCAUCUGCUACUGGGAUGGUACUGUACACUACUUGCUCUAUCUGGCCAUGGCCGGUGCCAUCUGCAAAAGGAAAAGGUACCGGAAUCUUGGGCUCUACUGGCUAGGGUCCUUCGCCAUGAGCCUCCUGGUGUUCCUCCCGGGAAACAUCCUUGGUAAAUACAGUUCAGAGAUCAGACCUGCCUUCUUCCUUGCCAUCCUUUACAUGCUGGUUCCAUGCUGGGCUGGUGUGAGGAUCUUCAACCAGUCCUGUGCACCAACCUCCUAUACCCUCGACAUGGUACAGGAGGAACAGAAGAAACGCCUCCUACAGCGCCCAGCUGACCUGACCCUCAUCAUAUACCUCAUCCUUGCUGCAUUGUUCACCCUCUUCCGGGGCCUGGUGGUACUUGACUGUCCCGCAGAUGCCUGUUUCAUCUAUAUUUACCAAUAUGAGCCAUACCUGCGGGACCCUGUGGCCUACCCAAAGUUGCAGAUGCUGAUGUAUUUGUUCUAUGCUCUGCCUUUCUACUGCCUGGCUGCCUAUGCCCUCAUCUUCCCCGGCUGCUCCUGGCUGCCAGACUGGGCCUUGGUAUUCGCUGGAGCCAUUGGCCAGGCACAGUUCUCACAUAUGGGUGCUUCCAUGCACCUGCGCACACCCUUCACCUACCGCGUGCCGGAGGACACCUGGGCCGUCUUUCUUCUGAGCAACCUGCUGUAUGCGCUGGGGCCCCACCUGCUGGCUUUCCGCUGCCUGUGGCGGCCAGCCUUCUUCAUGCCCACACUGCCCUUGGCGCCCCAGGGCCAAGACAAGAAGCAGCAGUGAGCAUGUGCACCUCUCUGCUAAGAGCUCAACCUGUACAGCCUGCCUUGUCCUCCAAGGGUGGAGUGGACCUUUAAAGCUGGAUAGACAUCUGGAGAAGUUGCAAUCCAUGCCAUGAAGGAGUGUGGGAGACCCACGACAAGGUGUCUCUCCUGCGAUUUACCCAUCACCUCCCCCAUCCUUCUAAUAAAAGCCCUUUUUGUGCCUAGGA